CUUUGCCUAUACUUAGUAAAAGCAAGUGUUUACAGAGAAAAAAAAAAAACUUUGUUUUGGUUUUCUCUCUCGUUUAAUUCCAUGUAAGAGAAUAAUUAAGGGCCUUUAACAUCUCCUUGUUUCUGGAUUUUAUCCUCGGUUAGCGUGAAAGACGAAGUUCUCCUUGGUUGAAUUCAAAAAGAUUUGUGGGCGCUCUUGAAAAGUUGGCAUUUUUAUAAUUUUAUUUAGGACAGGGGCUCCCAAAAAAGGUGUGUUCUCUUAUUCUAAAAUACCAGCGCGGAAAAGACUGAAAAUGCCUCCUACACCACGAUCUGGAAGUCAAAGAUACGUUCCUUACGAUGUAAGAAUACCUCGGUCGCCUAGGGAGGCAGCUGCAGUUGCUGCAGCUCGUCGUCAAAACCGACGAUCCAGCGAGGUCUCGUAUUCUACUGAAGAAGCACCUCACGAAAGCCCUAGUGAGCAUGGAGAUAUCAGAGGAGUCGCAGACAGAGAUGUCGAUGAAGUAUUUAAUAAUCACGGAUUACAGCAGAACACAUAUCCAGGUUUGUCAGAAGCCUCGUCAGUUCCUCGUUCAGUCCGAAGCUUGGCGCAUAAUGAGAGUUUAGGAUCGCUCGAAAGAAGUAGAAAUGAGUGGUCAGCAGAAUUGGAUAACUUGGAUGAUCUUGAUGUUCUUGAGGAUAUUUCUCCUCUGCAAGAGGUAUCUCAAUGCCGUGAUCCCUCUGGUAAUUCCAUGUCAGCCUAUGACGAUGUUAUUGAUCUAACAGAAGCCGAACAAAAGCUGAGUCAACCAAAACAAAGAAAUAGAAAACAAAAACCGUCAUCAGAAGCUGCACCUGGCAUAGCUUCCGUAAAUAACUCUCAAAGGUUAGCGGAUUACAAAUGUGUGAUUUGCCUUGAUAAUCCUGAAAACUUGUCUGCUACACCGUGUGGUCAUAUAUUCUGCAAUUUUUGUAUCCUAAGUGCAUUAGGAAAUUCUUCUGCGACGCAAAAAUGUCCUGUCUGUCGAAGGAAAGUGCAUCCUAAGAACGUGAUUUGUUUAGAAAUGAUGCUGGGCAGCGAACAAAACAACAAGGAUUAAGUAAUGUUAUGAACAUAAAAUAAAGCAAUAAUAUUAUUAUUAUUAGUUAUGUCUAUUCUUCGUAAAAUCAAUUAUUAGCCUUUCCAGUCAGAGUCCCAAAGAAAAUAUCUACAUUGAAAUGGCUGUUUAUCAUCAUCAGAAACCGCAUUGGAAUUUUCAACGACCUCUCCUAUCGGUCGCGCACACAUCCAAAAUUUUCGUCCAUAAUUUAUGCCUGGCUUUUUUACAGUCAGCAAUUUACAGGGCUCUUUAUGUCCAUCACAUAAUGGAGGCAAUUUUUUCUGAAACAUGCUUUUCCAUGCAGUUACACUUUCCACAUUAGAGGAAUUAGAUACUGUUACUUUCGACUCGAUAUCAUCAACUUCGAUCAUUGGAGGUGCAACCUUCUCUCCCUCAUUUUUAUCCGUCGACUGAGGCUUUUUCAUGAAAAAAGUUGAUAGCUUUGGCUGCUGUGUUCGUCGACGCUUCUCAGGCGGACCAUUUUCAGGUACAGACGAUGGCGUACCGCUGAUUGCAGAUGGUGAGUGAGACGGUGUUUUAGAUGAAUCUUCCAAAUCAAUGUCUGAUUCUGAUUUGGAUUUUUUUAGCUUUUCAAAUUUUUGAAACAUGGAGUGUAUGUUUUUUGACGGUCGAUAUGCUGAAUGAUGACAUGCCGAUAGAGAAGGGGGAUCUUUUGCAUGACUUAGUAAUUCAUACAACGGCACAUUGUCGAGAGAAUCUCGAAAGUCUAU